GCUUGAGGGGUCACGAGGGCGCGGCGAGGCGAAGAUGGCGGCCUGCAGGUGGGCGUGCGCGGCUCUGCUCCUGCUUUGCGCCUCCGACCUGCUGCCAUGGCCUCGGGCCCACGCAGCCGAGAGUCCGGCCGGGACGGCGGACGAGACCACCGCCCCGCCACGCAAGAAGAAGGACAUUCGCGAUUACAACGAUGCCGACAUGGCGCGUCUCCUGGAGCAGUGGGAGAAGGAUGACGACAUCGAGGAAGGUGAUCUCCCUGAGCACAAGCGCCCCGCUGCCCCCAUCGAUUUCUCCCGGCUUGAUCCUGGCAAGCCCGAGAGCAUCCUGAAGAUGACCAAGAAGGGGAAGACGCUCAUGAUGUUUGUCACUGUGUCGGGGAGCCCCACAGAGAAGGAGAUGGAGGAGAUCACCAGCCUCUGGCAGGGCAGCCUGUUUAAUGCCAAUUAUGAUGUGCAGAGGUUCAUCGUGGGCUCGGAUCGAGCCAUCUUUAUGCUCCGGGACGGCAGCUAUGCCUGGGAGAUCAAGGACUUCCUCGUGGAUCAGGACCGCUGUGCAGAUGUGACUCUGGAGGGACAGGUCUACCCUGGCAAGGGCGGAGGCAGCCGGGAAAAGAAUGCCACCAAGACAGCGAAAGGCAAGAAGACGGGUGCACCAGCUCCACGGGCCAAGGACCACGCGGGCAGGACCAAGGAGGAUCUGUGAAGCCACCGCCCACCUGGACGCCCGCUCAGGACCUCACACUGACAGGCUGUGUGCCUGUCCCGCAGCACAGACUGUUCAAGACCCUCAGAGUAUCUGGCCACUGUGUCCCACAGACUCCCGCCAGGCUCAGGACAGUCUGACGAGCUCUGAAGUUAGGGUUCAGCCAGGACACGGGUGUAUGUGCCCCCUCUGCAGAAAGGGUGACAAAAGGUAUCUUAGGGUGCACAUGCCCAUCCGCUCAUCUGCCCUUCCCAGAGGACAUUGGCGGCCAGAGAAUAGGAUUGACUUUUCUGGGGUCCUCUGUCCCAGCACCACUGCUUCGUGAUUUUAACACAUUAAACCCAUGAGGACCAUU